ACCGCUGGGUCUCGCGACUCGCGGUUUCGUUCCGCGAGCGCGUUUGGCGCGAGGGCUCCGCUGCCCAUUGUCUCGCGCACGGACGGACGGACCUCGAGGGCGGGCCUCGCAGCCGCGGGCUCGCGCUGUGGGGGCUCGGCGGUCGCGCGCUCGCGAGGAACAGAGCUCUUCGUUGGAAACCGUCCCACCACAAAAUCCUGCCUUCUUGUCCCAUCCUCCUACAACCUCCAAGAUAGAUUCCCUCAGGAGUAAGGUUGACCUGCUGAAGCUCCCUCUGGCCCUCUCUUCUAAGUCCAUCUCUCAGCGCAAGGGCCAGCAGGGCAGUGUCGGGGAGCGAGGGACCGGGGGAGGAGGGGCCUGCAAACCCCGCCCAGCGGCCCAUAAGGAACGAGACAUGGACACCGAGUCGCAGUACUCGGGCUACUCCUACAAGUCGUCCCACUCCCGCAGCUCCAGGAAGCACAGGGAUCGAAGGGAAAGGCAUCGCUCAAAGAGUCGAGAUGGCGGCAGCAGCCGUGGGGACAAGUCUGUCACCAUCCAGGCCCCAGGAGAACCCCUGCUGGACAAUGAGUCGACCAGAGGGGAUGACCGGGAUGAGAACUGGGGCGAAACGACCACGGUUGUCACGGGAACAUCAGAACACAGCGUGUCCAAUGAAGACCUGACACGUGUGUCCAAGGAGUUGGAUGAAUCAUCGCCACUGGAGUGCCGGAGAUUUGUGGGCCCCGUGCUGAGUGGCUGCUUGGGCCUGUUUGCGCUGCUCACCCCUCUGGCCUUCCUGCUGCUGCCCCAGAUGCUGUGGGAGACGCUGCACCCCUGCGGGACACCCUGCGAGGGCCUUUAUGUCUCGCUGGCCUUCAAGCUGCUUGUGCUGCUCAUCUCAUCCUGGGCUCUGUUCCUCCGACCACCACGAGCCACCCUGCCGCGCUUCUUUGUCUUCCGCUCACUGCUCAUGGUGCUGGUCUUCCUCUUCGUUGCCUCUUACUGGCUCUUCUACAGCGUGCGUGUGUGGGAGCCACGUGAGCCCGAGUACCGGGUCAUCGUGGAAUAUGCUGCCUCGUUGGUGGACGCCCUGCUCUUCAUCCAGUACCUGGCGCUCGUUCUGCUUGAGGUCCGACAUCUGCAACCGGCCUUUUGCCUGAAGGUGGUUCGCACCACAGACGGAGCGAGUCGAUUCUACAACGUUGGACACCUCAGCAUACAAAGGGCAGCUGUGUGGAUUUUGGAGAAAUACUACAGUGACUUCCCUGUCUAUAACCCAGCCCUUCUCAACCUCCCCAAGUCCAUCCUUUCCAAGAAAAUGUCUGGCUUCAAAGUCUAUUCUCUUGGUGAAGAGAACAGCACCAACAACUCCACGGGACAGUCCCGGGCCAUGAUUGCUGCUGCAGCACGCAGGAGGGACAACUCCCACAAUGAGUACUACUACGAGGAGGCUGAGAUGGAACGCAGGAUCCGGAAGCGCAAGGCCAGGCUUGUGGUAGCAGUAGAAGAGGCAUUCACCCACAUCAAGCGCCUGCAGGAUGAUGAGCAGAACCCCACAGCCUCCUCGCCGAAAAACCCGCGGGAAGUGAUGGAUCCCCGGGAGGCAGCCCAGGCCAUCUUUGCCCCAAUGGCACGCGCCAUGCAGAAAUACCUGCGCACCACUCGCCAGCAGCCGUACCACAGCAUGGAGAGCAUUCUGACCCAUCUGCAGUUCUGCAUCACGCACAACAUGACCCCCAAGGCCUUCCUAGAGCGGUACCUAACCCCAGGCCCCACACUGCAGUACCAGCGGGAGACCGGAAGGGGGCGCCAGUGGACGCUGGUGAGUGAGGAACCUGUGACAUCUGCCCUUCGCCAAGGCUCUACCUUCUCCUUGCGCCGUCUUGACUUCGCGCUCGUCGUCACGGUGACGGCCCUCCCCUUUCUUUCCCUUGGGGAAGAAUUCAUCGAUCCGAAGAGCCACAAGUUUGUGAUGAGGCUACAGUCAGAGACUUCAGUGUAGAUGGGCUGCUCGUGAGGAAUGUAAAGAGGCAAUGUGUCACAGCCUAGUUUUAUCGCCUUGACCUGUAACGCAGUGACCAAGUGGUCACAGCAAUGGAUGUUUUUAUGAAAAUAUGCAUUUUUACAUACUUGUGGUUAGUUUUUUUCCACAAACAGGUGUUGUUUUACCCUGGAAAUGAACAGGUCACAUAGACAAAACAAGCAUUCUUAUACUGGGAAGCCCUUUAAGGGAGUUCCGUUGCUUCCAAAAUCCCAGCCUAACCAGUGUAGGAAGAGCUGAUCUCUCCUGCUUCUGCCUCAUUCUCCAUCAUGCCGUGCGUCUUAAAUCAGUGACCCGAGUUCAGCGCUGUCAGCUGACUGGAGCACGUUCCAGUUGGACCAGUCAUCUCAAGUGAAAAGCAGUGUCCAGUUUAACUGGUUAGCUCCUGUGCUGUUACUCUGAUCAGCUUUGGGGCAGAAUGCCAUUUUUGAGAGGGGGGAUAUGGGUAGUCUUAUGAUGGGGUGUUUUUUUUUUUUUUUUUUAAUGGUGCAUGUGAGAACUGGCAUAUCUGUGAGCUGCACCCAAUGGUCUUGCAGCUUUUGUCCUUGCAGACCGAAUGUGUGAAUGUGGGCUUUGGGCUCAGAUCUUGCAUAGCACAACGUCCUUCAGAUGCGCACUAAUACAUGUAGAGCCACAGCGGAAGCCUUCUAUUCCUGGUUCUCCAAGCUGUGGAGAACCUCUGCCUUUUGUACACAUGACACAAGAUUGGUCAUUUUUCUACUUGUGAGAUUCAUAAACGUUACCUGUGGGUUCCUUCACUUGUUGAUGGAAACUCGGAAGGUUGAACAGGUUGACAGCCAUGUUCAUUGCACACAUCUAUGUAGGCUGCCAUUAAACCACAAUGGAUCACUUCCACAGCUUAAAUAAGAUGCCUCAAAAAUAUGUAACAUCUGUAUUUUUGUAUUAAGCUGUGACUUUCAUUUGAGGGUUUUAGGGUCAGUGGAUUUGAACGACGUAUUUAACAUUCUUUGUCCAUUAAGCCCUGAUAUCUUGUUGUCAUUUGUGCCAAACUGAUCUUUCUUUCAGGGCUUGACACACAUCCCAUCAGUUGUUAUGCAGGUUCAUCCUUUCCACUGACUUUGUAUGUAUUUACUCUCUGAAUGUAGAAGUUUUACAGCCAGCGAUGUGUAAUGUAGCCCAAGCAAAACCGUGAAUCAGGAUUGAAGGUCUUCAGUCAAGUGGCGUUAAUGUACUUCACCGAGACUGAAAGACGAACACAUCACUUGGUUUCUGUGAAUGAGUCCCAUGGAGCAGCUGUUGCUGGUCAAGCCGCUGUAAACCACUGAAUGCAAUUGGUGAUUGCCAGCCGCUGUGCUCUUUAUACCGGUGUUGUACGAAGAUGAUCUGUCACACCAAGUAAUGUUCCGGUAACUGCCGGAAAGCCUGUCCUGUUUCGUUUUUUUUUUUUUUUUGCUGAUCUUUCACUUCACUCCUAAACCUUUGCCUCCUUGUAUUCUUCUCCUCUGUACUUGGCUCUGUUGUAGGGUCACUGAGGUGGGGACAAAAAGGGAGAAGCUUGUGUGUCUGUGCUUCUUGGUGGCUCUGAAACUACCAUACUGUAGUUUUUUUUUUUUUUUUUUUUUUCUCUUUUUCCUUCCUGUGUUGUUGCUACCAAUGAAACAAGGACCCAAACUGUUUGUAAUGUAAAAAUAACAUAGGCUGAGAUGAAUAACAGAAUGCAAACAAAAUGUACUUCCCUCUAAUGGUUUUAAUGCAUGCUUAUAGAAAA